AUGCCGCAUGCCAGAGUAGUCAUUAUCGGGUCGGGCCCCGCCGCCCACACCGCCGCCAUAUACCUGUCCCGAGCGGAAUUGAAGCCAGUGAUGUAUGAGGGCAUGAUGGCUAACGGCACCGCUGCGGGUGGGCAGCUGACCACCACCACCGAUAUCGAGAACUUCCCUGGAUUCCCAAACGGAAUUGGUGGUUCGGAACUGAUGGAGAACAUGCGCAAGCAAUCUGAGCGCUUCGGAACCGAGAUCAUCACUGAGACGAUCACGCGGGUCGACCUCUCCCAACGCCCCUUCAAGCUGUGGAAGGAGUGGGCGGAUGGCCCUAAUGACGAGCCUGCUCACACGGCGGAUGCUGUCAUCAUCGCCACCGGUGCCAACGCCCGCCGUCUGAACCUCCCGGGAGAGGAGAAGUACUGGCAGAACGGAAUCAGCGCAUGCGCCGUCUGCGAUGGAGCGGUGCCCAUCUUCCGUAACAAGCCUCUCUACGUCAUCGGAGGUGGUGAUUCGGCAGCAGAAGAGGCCAUGUUCCUGACCAAGUACGGCAGUCAUGUCACGGUGCUGGUCCGCAGAGACAAGCUGCGCGCGAGCAAAGCCAUGGCCAAGCGCUUGUUGUCUAACCCGAAGGUGACCGUCCGAUUCAAUACCGUUGCGGUCGAGGUGCUUGGGGAGGAUAAGCCGAACGGCUUGAUGACCCAUUUGAAAGUGAAGGAUGUCAUCACCGGGAAGGAGGAAGUCGUGGAAGCGAAUGGUCUCUUCUAUGCUGUCGGCCAUGACCCGGCGACGAACCUGGUCAAGGGACAGGUCGAAUUGGACAGUGACGGGUAUAUCGUCACGAAACCGGGCACCAGCUACACCAGCGUUCCUGGUGUGUUUGCGGCGGGUGACGUUCAGGAUAAGCGGUACAGGCAGGCCAUCACCAGUGCUGGGUCUGGCUGUAUCGCAGCCCUCGAAGCCGAGAAGUAUCUGGCCGAAGCUGAAGAAGCUGCGGAGGAAACGCCUGCGGUGGCUACGGCUGACGGUUCGACCAUCGCGCCGGCUGCGGUGGGAGGCACGGAGCCCAGGAAGGACGACAAGAGUGCCGCACCGGAAUACAAGUCGAACCCGCUGUUGUAA